AUGGAUAAAAAGAUAGUGCGCAAAGGGCCGCUGCCUGGGGGUCGCCGGGGCGCGUCUGGAGCUGGCGCUGGACGCGGCAGCAUGCGGGCCGCCAGCCGAGCGCGAGGAGCUGCACGGUCAUCUACCAGCCCUCCGCAUCCAUCAUCCCCACCAGAAGGCUUGGUGUCGGCUGGGUCUUCUCGGACUCAGCAAGCGGCACCCGCCGCUGGUGGAGCACGUCGCAUGCGUUGGUCACAAGAAAUGAAUGCAAACGCACUGCGGGCGUACUUUAGGGCAAAAGGGGAAGAAACUGGAUGUUUGGCGUAUCGGGCUAGGAUGCAUCGUCUUUUUGCUGAGCUGGAGCCAUCUUUAAUCGUCACAGAGCAAAACCUGGCAGACCGAGUUCGGUAUAUCUUGCGCUCAAAUAUAUUUGAUGUCGCCGAACUCGAACGGCUACGACGUGAGGCUGUUCCCUCGUCGGAUGAGAAUGCUACGGCUGAGGAUGCGGCGCCACAAAUGGUAGAGCAACCCGCAAACGUGGAUGCCGCCGUGAAUACCCCAGUUGUGGUUGAUUCAAACGAUGAUGGAACAGUCGCCCAGGAACUGGAAUUAGAGCAUAUGAGGAGUAUAUUGGAAGAGGCGAUUGUGGAAACGCGCAGUACGCCUCUCGAAAAUCGACCGCGACUUCCCCGCAUAGCCCUAAGCAAGCGGAAUCGGGCUGUCGUGAGGGCUCUGAACCCAAUGCUGGUUACCUAUUUGGAAGCCAGCCGGGACCUUUGCGAGACGGACUCAAUUCUUUUUGGCGCCGCGCUGGCAGUCUGCCGUAUCAUAGGCGCCAAGGUUUCCACGGCUGGACGCGCUACUGGCCAUAGUAGCGCUAUCCCAGCAUGGAGAAGAAGAAUUGAGGAACGUAUCGCAAAGGCUAGAGCUCUCAUCGGCAGACUGAUAUGCUUCAGAUCAGGCAACAACAGGCCAAGAAUUGUGCGCACCGUCAGGAUGGCGUUUGCUGGGACAAAUGUCAGUUUGUCCCAGCCGGAUAUAACGCAAAAACUGACGGAGCGCAUAGAUGAUCUGAAGCAGAGAAUCGCUGCUUGGGGAAAGCGGAUUCGGCGAUAUACCGAGAGGUCGACACGGUUCAACCAGAAUCGUCUCUUCCAGAGUGAUCAGAAGAGGCUCUAUGAAUCAUUGGAGCGACCAAUGGUAAGUGGAACGGGUCCAGCACCGAAUCAGGCCGACACUGUAGCAUUCUGGCGCGGCCUGUGGUCAGAGCCCGUAAACCACAGCGAGGGCCCUUGGACGGAAGUUGUGGCGAGUCAGUGUGCGGGUAUUACGCCCAUGGACCCCGUCAUCAUAACGCCGGAUGACGUAGCUGAGGCGGUUCGUAGGGCCCCGAACUGGAAAAGUCCGGGGCUUGACGGGCUGCAUCACUACUGGCUGAAGGGGUUCAUGGUGUGUCACUCUGUGCUCGCCCGACAGUUUCAAGAGGCUCUCAACCAGAAGUCGCUCCCAAGCCUCUUCACUACUGGGAUCACUCAUUUAGUUCCUAAAGACCAGGAACUUACCAUUGGAACAGGUCAGAAAUAA